UGCAGCUGGAAGCACCUUUUGAUAUCAGUUGACAACAUUAUUAUCAUUAUACAACAACAACAACAACAACAACUGCAGGAUUUGUGACGAAUUUCGUGCAUCUAUUGUAUAUUUCUAACAGACUCGUGCUAGGUUUUACGAGUCUUUGGCAUAUGACAAGAAUGUUCAGUAUGACUUAUCGACAUGUAUGGGCACUCUUAGCGGUUCUUCUCUUCACACGCGGCCUUGCAUUUGAAGACACUUCCACCACGAAAUGUCCAAGUGUGUGCCAGUGUCGACACCACAAAAUCGCGAUAUGUGGCAAAUACAACCCCGGCCUGACAAGCAUUCCUGCGGUGCCAUCUUACAUAAAGACAUUCGUAUUGCUAAAUGCCAGAAUUCCUAUAGUUAACAGGUCGGUUCUGUUACCAAUUUCUACCUGCGUCUUGCAUACUCUGGAACUUCGCAGCGACGGUAUUACGGUUCUAUCAGAGGAUACGUUCACAGACUUCCAGGACCUCGAGAAACUUGACCUCAGUGGAAACAUCAUUCCAGUACCUUUGUUGAGAAUGGCCUUUCGGUCUGUUGGAAAACAUUUAGAUACAAUCGUUCUCAGUAGCAUGAGCCUGAACAACGUCACUGAGGACCUGUUUGAAGACACCAAUGUUCAAAACGUGUCAGCAUUUAUUUUAAAGCAAAACUACCUUUUGUUUCUAAACGAGUCUGUGUUCGCAAACAUGCCAUCAUUGUCAAUGUUGGAUGUGAGUUACAAUCAUAUACAAAGUCUUUCCAGCUGGCAAACAAUGAACAUUAGGAGUCUAAGUCUAGGAUACAAUUGGCUGAGAAAGGUGCCAGAUUUCUGUUGGCCUAAUGGCAGCACCCGUUAUAACAGAUUGGAAAACCUGAAUGUUGAGAAUAACGGAAUUAGGAUAAUUAAGAAGAAUUCAUUUUCUUGUCUCGACAAUCUAAAGAACUUGACGUUAAAUGCCAAUCAAAUGCAACUCAUCCCAAACAAUGCUUUUAGCAAACUCCCUAGGUUAGAAAGUUUGUAUUUAAAUUCUCUCGCAUAACUGAAAACUAUAGACGAGUUUGCAUUUAACUCAUCCCUUCUGCGGCUCCAGUUAUCAAAAAAUCCAAAAAUAACACAGGAGUUGUUUAGGAAUGGGAUUCCUUUUCGUUUUGCCACUAAGUUAAAAGAACUGGUUUUGCAGGAAACGCGAAUAUACCUCCCAUUGGAUUCCUUAAGAACGAUGCUACUCCAACUUAAGUCCAUUGAAUAUCUGAAUCUUCAGAGAACUCGAAUAAACACAAUCCCACCAAAGACUCUUUCAAAUCUUCCCUUUUUGAGAAGAUUAGAUGUUCAAGGAAAUUAUCUGGCCAGAUGGGAUUCCGAGACAUUUAGCAACGUGACCCACUUAGAUUAUUUAAAUCUUGAUGGCAAUCGCAUUAGCAUCAUCAACGAAACGUCAUUCCCGUUUGAGAUGAGAAGCAGGAUCAAACAGAUCAAUCUGGGCAACAACGACUUUCUUUGUACGUGCGACUUGCUGUGGUUCCGUACGUGGAUGACACAAGCGAUGAAGAAUGAAACUGUCGUGUUCGUUAACUAUCCCCAGCGAUACUACUGCAAGAAUCCCACACACAUUCACCUGGACAAAUAUAACCCUACGCGCGAAUCCUGCAAAAAGCUGAGUCCUUACGUUAUACCUGUGGCAGCUGCUGGGUCUUUUGUCGUAGUGGCGGUGGUGGUCAUGGUCGUAGUGUACCGUAAUCGCUGGAAUAUUCGAUACUGCUUCUACUCCAGACGACGACACCAGUAUCAGCAGCUCCCGGGAAGAGACGUCAACAUCAAAUAUGACGCGUUUGUGUCAUGCGAUUCCAGUGACAUGGACUGGGUCCUGGCGGAGGUGUGUACCUUUCUGGAAGACGAAUUAGGACGCAGGUUGUGCAUGCACGAAAGGGACUUUGAGGGAGCGAAGAUGAUCAUUGACAAUAUUAUGGACUGCAUGGAGGAGAGCGAGAAAAUCAUCUUGAUAAUAUCGAAUAAUUUUGCCAGAAGUAAAUGGUGCCGGUGCGAGUUGAAGAUUGCUAUUAAUGAACAUCUGGAAAGCGAGAAGCAGGUCAUCGUGAUCAUCCGUGAACCCGUUUACAGAAAGCAUAUGACUCGACCUCUGAAAGCGCUGUUCGACACAACUACUUACAUUGAAUGGGGGGAGGAUGUCAAUGCAAGACAGAUGUUCAGAACUCGCUUGGCAGAUUUAAUGGGUUGUGAGGAUACUGAUCGGAAUGAAGCGAGGGCCUAAACAGGAUUAAGCAGAGCUGUACCUAGCAAAAGAGAUAUGCAGGGAAGCAGUUGCAAAAGAGCACACUACUGAAAAUAGUUUUGUAAUGGUUCAAAAUAACCUUUUUUUGCCUAGCGGGAGAAUAUAGUGUGUUGUGGUUCGUCUUUUAUCAGCACCUCCCCUUCCAGUUAUUUUAAGCUAGGUACGACCCUAUUAAUAGAUGUUGUCGCGUAAGGGAACGAGUUCGGGGAGCAGCAAAAAAUCUUCAAGGAUUGGAGAGCAAUUACCGCGAGAUGUUCAAGAACGGCGAAAGAAACUAACUCCUUUGAUGAAACGUCUGAGAGGGACUGGGAUAAAUAUGAAACUGUCUGCUGAUAAACUGUAUGUGAAUGGACGUAUUCAUGAUGGUCCGGCCUCGGUGGCGCAGUGGUUAAACCAUCGGACUACAGACUGGUAGGUACUGGGUUCUGAUCCCUGUCGAGGCAUGGGCUUUUUAAUCCAGAUAUCGACUCCAAACCCUGAG